AUGCUACAAUACUAUGUAUGCAACUAUAUGCAAUGCAAUGCAUACGUGUUUGCUAAAUGUAUAAUGUAUACAAUAUUGGAUAAGUUCAAAUCUAAGCUCUCUAAAUGGAAGGCCAGAUCUCUUUCUUUCUCCGGGAGAGUCACCUUGGCGAAAUCCGUUCUUGGCAGUCUUCCGGCAUACUUCUUAUCUAUAUUUGCUGCCCCCAAAUGUGUGCUCAAAAAGUUGGAAAGUAUUCGUAGAGAUUUUGUGUGGGGCUUUUCUGACUCGAAGAAAAAGCUAAGAUGGAUUAAAUGGGAUGGUAUUCUGAAAUCGAAAAAAAGAGGAGGGUUGGGCAUCGGAAAAUUAGCGGAUUUCAAUCUCGCUAUGUUGUCUAAAUGGUGGUGGAGGCAUAAAGCGGACCCGAAUCAGUUAUGGGCUAGAGUAAUUUCGUCCAUUCAUAGCAUCAAUUCGGGGAACUCGCUAAUUCCGUUGAACAAGAAUAUCCCGGGCUCUUGGAAAGAUAUUGGUAAUGCCGAUGCUUCGUUACUUUCGGAAGGAAUCAUAUUGGCUGAUAGUUUGAUUGAGGUGGAGGGUGUUUGGAAAUGGCGGACUUCUAAGGAUGCUCCUUUCUCGGUUAAGCAAGUGAGAGAAGACAUUGAAGCCGCUAGAUGGGUUAACAUGCCAAACGAGCCAAAACUUGACUGGAACAAUUGGGCUACGCCUAAAGGAAAUCAUCUCCUGUGGAGGGUCAUGCUCGGAAGAGUUGCUUCAAGAGUGGGAUUAGCUCGAAGGGGGAUUCCGAUUGCCGAUAUCGGCUGUCCUCGCUGCGGUUUAGAGGCGGAAUGCCCGGAUCACAUUUUUCUGAAGUGUUUGUGGUCCAGGUCAAUUUGGUGGAAUAUUUUGGCAUGGAUCCGUAUUAGUUUCCCGGCGGAUUGUGACUCGUUUUCGGACCUUAUUAAGCAUAUUAAAGAGAGUCCGGGCAGCAAGGUGUGGAAGCGGCUUGUGCAUACCAUCAUUAUCGCUACGACGUGGAGAAUUUGGAGCGCGAGAAAUGCUAUGGUCUUCGAUGGGAGUUUUAUCCCUAUUAUGAAGACGGUCGAAUUGAUUAAAGAAGACUCCUUUCUUUGGAUCAAUAUUAGAGCGAGGAUCAAGAAACCGGUUUGGGAAGAUUGGGUCCGAUUCGAUGUGUUAGAGCUUUUGUAA